CACACACGUCUAUUUUCUGCCUUUUAGUUUUGGUUACAGAGCCCGUGUUAAACCUCAGGCCCGUCUAUUUUAGCUUUUAAUGACUUCUACUUUGCACAACCCACCCUAUGGUGUUCUGACACAGUCUGAUUUUGUCAAGAAGACAUUUCACAACAUCGCCGUCUUGCGGUAGGAUUUGCUAAAAUAAAUGAAUGGAAUUCAAGUUCAUUUUCAUUCCUUCAAUGAUGUAUAUGCCGGACAUAUUCAGAGAUGGGGAAAAAAACUUAAUCAAGUCUACUUUCUUUGUUCUAUGCUUAACACAAAUAUUGGUGAAGCAUGUUGACUAACUUGCCAACACGAGAUAAACGCAAAAACAAUAUAUUUUAAUGAAUUGAUAUACUUUAAAUUAGUUUCCCUAUCGUAUUCUGACCGUUGCACUGAGACAUACUUGCCCAUUUACAGAGGAAUGAUUCUUCGUCGUGACCUGGAAGAUGAUUCGUUUGUCAGAAAAGGAGUCAGAAAAGUGAGGCGAGAGCAAAAGAGACCCUGCUUUCUCUUCUCAAGUUCUAGAAGUUUUGCAUCGUGAACGCGCAGCCUGUCCACCAGCCAAUCAGGAGUUGCUCUUUGUAGUGAAGUCCCCGCCCAUUUCCAGAGCGGAGAGGCGAAGGGGCAGCAUUUUCAGUUUAGGGAGAUGGCUGGAUGGAGUUUUUUGUUUUCCCCUUCUUAAUUCCAAGUUUAACUUAUUGACACUAUGAAUAUUUUCCGAAACUACCGUCUGCUUUUCUUGAAACGGAUACCAUCCCGGACAACAUGGUAGGCUUACUUUAACGACACGAUGGAUUCGUUACGAUAAAGUUGGAACUUUUGUCCUCUUCACUUUUCUUUCCGUGGAUCUGCGGGCGCUCACAAUGGAGAGAAUGUGGAGACGGUCGCCGGAGUCCGUGCUCCGGCUCUCUCUCUUGUUGGCGUGCCUGUCUCGGACUUUCGCGGAACUCCACUACUCUGUCGCCGAGGAGGUACCACCGGGCUCCGUGGUGGGGAGCAUCGCAAAAGAUUUGGAGCUCAGCGCGAGGGGAAUUAAGGAGAGAAACAUACGCAUCGUGUCGGACUCCUCAGCCCACUACUUCGAGAUCAAACCGGUCACCGGAGAACUGGUAAUUAAAGACAUAAUCGAUAGGGAGCUAUUGUGUGGAUUAAACUCAAAAUGUUCAUUGACUCUUCAGAUUAUUCUGGACAACCCGUUAGAAAUACACCGCGUUUUAGUGGAAAUUUCUGACGCAAAUGACAAUGCGCCGCAGUUCUCCGCGCAGAACACAACGCUGGACAUCUCGGAGGCGGCCGCGCCGGGCACAAAGUUUCGGCUGGAAAGUGCCCAUGACCCUGACGUGGGUAUCAACUCCUUACGGACAUAUCAACUCGCUUCCAAUGACUUUUUCUCGCUGAACGUGGAAACGAAAAGCGACGGGAGUAAGUUUCCCGAGUUGGUGGUGAUGAAAGCGCUCGACCGCGAGACUCAAGCUGGGUUCCGCCUGCUGCUCACGGCAGUGGACGGGGGCCAGCCCGAGAAAUCUGGGACCACACUCGUGCUCAUUAACAUUCUGGACGUGAAUGACAACGCCCCGGUAUUUGACCAGCCCGUUAUUAAAGUUCAGUUAUUGGAGAAUUCUCCCCCUGGAACCCUAGUAACGCAUUUAAACGCCACUGACAUUGACAGUGGUUUGAACGGCCAGGUCUCAUAUCAUUUCAGCAAGUACACACUCGAUAAGGUCAUGAAAGUGUUCACGGUGGAUUCUAAGACAGGUGAGCUUCUCGUCAAAGGGGAUGUGGACUUCGAGGCCGCGGAGACUUAUGACGUCAUCGUCCAGGCCAGAGACAGCGGUAACCCUGCCCUGGAGGGCUCCUGCAGCGUCAAAAUUGAAAUCCUUGACGUCAACGACAACAUGCCGGAGGUGACGUUGACCUCUCUGAACAGCCCCAUCAAUGAAAACUCUCCGCCAGGCACAGUGGUGGCACUGAUCAGCGCCAAAGACUCAGACUCAGGUGACAAUGGGAAGGUGACCCUGAAAGUGGCGUCGGGCCUGCCGUUCAAACUCGUCGCCGUGUUUGGGGAGCACUACAAACUCGUCACUGAGGGCAACCUGGACAGGGAGGCGGUGUCUGAGUACCAGGUGGUUGUCACAGCAACCGACGCGGGCAAGCCACCGCUCUCCUCCCACAAGGCCUUCGUGGUGGCCCUGUCCGACGUCAACGACAAUGCCCCCAUCUUCUCCCAGCCCUCUUACUCCGUGGACAUCCCCGAGAACAAUGCUCCGGGCACCGCCAUCGCCACGGUCUCCGCGUCCGACCCGGACUCGGGCGACAACGCACGCCUCUCCUACAGCAUCCUGGAGUCGCGCGUCGGCGGCCAUGACACCUCAGUCCUCUCCUACGUCUACAUCAACGCUGACACGGGCGUCAUCACCAGCAUCCGCUCACUGGACUACGAGAAGACCAACGCCUUCAAGAUCCAUGUGCAGGUACGCGACGCCGGUACGCCGUCCCUGGCGUCCAACGUCACCGUGAGCGUCUUCGUGCAGGACCAGAACGACAACGCGCCAGAGAUUCUCUACCCGGUGCACGACGCCGAGGCAGGUCUCCAGUUCAUUGUGCCCGCUUCAGCCGAACGAGGCUACCUGGUGGAGAAGAUCGUGGCCAUGGACAAGGACAGCGGCUACAACGCGUGGCUGGAAUACAGCCUGCAGCCCAGCGGCGGUCUGGACGCGGCCAUGUUCCGCAUCGACACGCACUCAGGCAGGCUCUCCACCGCCCGCCGUUUCACCGAGGACGGCGCCAGCGACGACAAAGACGCCGACGCCGCGGACAACAACAGCAAGGCGGACAGCGUGGUCGGCACCUACAGCUUCACCGUGGUCGUCAAGGACAGGGGCGAGCCCCAGCUGUCGUCCAGCGUCCCCGUGACGGUCACCGUGGAGGCGGGUGGCGAGGGGGCGCGAUGGUCGGGCGAGGGCUCAGACUCACUGUGGAGGACGCCCAACAGCGGCGGCAACGCCCGGCCCAACUGGCUGACGGGCUCCACGCUGUACCUCCUCAGCGCCCUGGUGGCCGUGACCUCCGUCUUCCUCAUCACCAUGGUGGUGUUGCUGGUGUGGUGCGUCCGAUCCAGGUCGGAUUAUGACUCCAUGUGCUGCUACUCUUCGUCCUCUAGGAAGGGCUUCCGCGCCAGGCACAACUCCCACCUGCGCUCCCACAACAAGGACCUCCACCUCCAGCUCAACACAGACGGGCCCAUCAGGUACAUGGAGGUGGUGGGGGGCGCCCAGGAGCCCUACACGCGGACCUACCGGCCGUGCUACUCCACGCUGUCAAACUCGGUGCGCAGCGACUUUGUCUUCGUCAAGACGCCCAUGCUGAGCCACAAUAACACGCUCAACAUGACGCUGACGCGGAAACACUUAACGAACUCAUCCAAUGAGCAAAAGCCCCCUAACGCUGACUGGCGCUUCAACCAGAACCAGCGGCCUGGACCCAGCGGAGCGGCUGCCACCCCUGAUGGCAUGGCAGUAGGGACAGGACCGUGGCCACAGCCCCCCACCGAGGCCGAACAGCUCCAGGCUCUCAUGGCUGCUGCCAAUGAAAAAAGGGAAGUCAACCCAAUGCAGAUCUACCUUGGCAAGGUGAGUGAGGCGACCAACACGCUGCAGCCGGGCACCAUGGGCCUGAGCACGCGCUACAGCCCCCAGUUCACCCUGCAGCACGUGCCCGACUACCGGCAGAACGUCUACAUCCCCGGCUCCACCGCCACCCUCACCUCCAACCCCCAGCAGCAGAUGCUCCAGCAGCAGGCCAUGCAGCAGCAGAUGGCGGCCCAGAUGGGCAUGGGACCGGCACCACCCCAGCAGCAGCAGGCCCUGCCCCCUGCCCAGGCCGGAGGAGCCAUGGGCGGCCCGGCUAUGGACCCCGAGGCCGGAGCUGGAGGUGCGGAGGCGCCCAAGGCAGCCCAGACCCCCGCCAGCAAGAAGAAGUCCACCAAGAAGGAGAAGAAGUAGAGAGGAGGAGGAUGCGGAGGAGAGGAGGAGAGGAG